UGGGUUGAGAAAGAGCAAAAGCAAAGGUUACCCAUUUGGAAGAGAAAAACAAUGAGGUCCCUAAUGGCCUCUUCUCUCAUCCUUGCAUUGGCAAUGCUUUCUUCUCUAAGCUUGCAAAUCUCCGCUGAUAACUACCUCUAUUCAUCACCCCCACCACCCAAGUCUCCGCCGUACCAUUAUUCUUCCCCUCCUCCGCCGCCUAAGAAGGCACCUUACUACUAUCACUCUCCACCACCACCCCCUAAGAAGCCUUACUACUAUCAUUCUCCACCACCACCGGUGUCUUCACCUCCACCACCCUACUACUACCAUUCUCCACCUCCGCCGGUGUCUUCACCACCACCACCAUAUUACUACCAUUCUCCUCCUCCACCACCUAAGAAGCCUUACUACUACCAUUCUCCACCUCCUCCACCAAAGAAGCCUUACAAGUACUCAUCACCACCGCCGCCGCCAUACCAUUACUCAUCUCCUCCACCACCACCAAAGAAACCCUACAAGUACUCAUCACCACCACCACCGGUUCACAUUUAUCCCCCUCACCCACACCCACAUCCACACCCACACCCUCUCCCUCACCCAUAUCCACACCCUCAUCCUCACCCAGUGUACCACUCUCCGCCACCACCAAAGAGGCCUUACACGUACCCAUCUCCUCCACCUCCGGUCCACCACGUACACCCUCACCCAGCGUAUCACUCUCCUCCACCUCCUAAGAAGCCUUACUACUACCACUCUCCCCCACCACCACCAGUGCACCAUCACUACCCUCACCCUCACCCCCACCCUCACCCUCUCCCCCACCCUCACCCUCACCCUAAACCAGUUUACCACUCUCCUCCACCACCCUACAAGUACCCAUCUCCUCCACCUCCAGUUCACCACCACCACCCUAAACCCCCCUACAAGUACUCAUCUCCACCACCACCAGUGCAUUACCCUCACCCUCACCCACACCCACACCCUCACCCUCACCCCCUCCCCCACCCUCACCCUCACCCGCUCCCCCACCCUCACCCACCUUAUAAGUACCCAUCUCCACCACCACCUGUUCACCCUGCUCCUUACAUUCCUCACCCAGUUUACCACUCUCCUCCACCGCCUUAUAAGUACCCGUCUCCACCUCCACCGGUUCACCCUGCUCCCUACAUUCCUCACCCGGUUUACCACUCUCCUCCACCGCCCUACAAGAAGCCCUACAAGUACUCAUCUCCACCACCACCGCCAUACAAGUACUCAUCUCCACCACCACCACCAUACAAGUACUCAUCUCCACCACCACCACCACCACACUACGUUUAUGCAUCUCCUCCCCCUCCUUACCACUAUUAGAUAACUUAGUUUAGCACUCUUGGGUAUGAGGAGAGAAUAUAUAAAUAUGUGAAAAUAAAGAAAGCGAUAGAUGGGGAUUGAAGAGGAAUGAAUGAAUGAAGAACACACAAGAAGAGAAGAAGAUUAUUAUGCAAUUGCAAUGGAAGCAAAGUUUCCGCGUUUUGGCUUUCGCAUAAUAAUAACAAUAAUAUAAGGCGUUAGUUUUAUUAUAUGUUUCUAUCAUAGGAUUGGGUCAAGUCAUUUUCUAUGCUUUUCUUUAAUUUACGAAUUAUGCUUUGUAUUUUUCUAUUUUGACAGUUGUAAAGCACUGCUGCUUAUUAUAUAUAUAUAAAAUUAUGGAUGAUGUAUGAUGGUCCAUGCACGCUUUCCUGUUACCCAAUAGUACAAAUGCAUGCAUUGUAGUUUUCAACCUCUGCUGCAUUUUGCAGGGGGUUGAAAAACUAAUUAUAUGUCAAAAUUAAAUAAAAUCUAUUCUUCCA